AUGGAUGUGAAAGAAGCUGGAGCUUCACUUGAUGGCCUGAUUUCCUCAUUCAAUACCCGAGUAGCUGAGCUUCAGCAGCUCGUCAUCGCUCGGAACAUGUAUCCCGCAAGCAGCAUUAGCGAUUUGUCCGCCAUAGAUGCCGCGUUGAAGGGCAUGGAGCUUCAGGUGCAGAAUAUCAAGAAUCGGUUGCGUGAUGAAGCUCGAGCUGUCCCUAAAGCAAAGAAGUUAAUUGAGGCGGCCAUGGUACAACGGAAGAAAUUGGAGAGUGUUUCUGCUUUUGUUCCAUCAAGCGUGCCGGAUAGAUGUACUAAUUUGAAUAGGGACACUGAUAAAUGUGUGCAAAGAGAAGAGUAUAAGCAAGAUCCUGGAUUUCAGUCUUUGAAGCAUGAGGAGCCUGCACCUAAAGAAAAGAAAGGUCGAGGGCCCCCACCAAUGUGGUACAUCACUGGAGAUGAGCUGAAUUCCGUGCCACCGUACAUGAAACAGAGACUGACUUUGGAUAAGGUGAAUAGUGCAAUUGGAGACAUGGCAGCAUAUGCCGAAGCAAAUGCGCAACUUAUUGCCGCACCACGGAAAAAACUGGCAGAUAAUAACUUGGACAAGGCUCUGGAAUUAAGAGAAAUUGCAAUGACAGAUGCAGUGAAAGGAAAGUACUUUUUCUUAGAGGCAGACAUUAAGGGGCCUUCCUUGAAACUUGAUAACACGGGAAGAGCACUAUUGACGGUUCUUCGGCAUUUGGGUCGGAUAACCGAGACUCGAGUCGGGCAUAACCGUGUCAUCAUCCUACUGAGGCCUUGA